GUUUUUUUCAUCAUAAUAAUCUUCGAUCAUAAUGUCCGCGUCGUGAAAAUUACAAGUGUUUUGCAACGCAGUAAAAAAAUAAACAAAAUAAUUAUACUGUGUUCUUAUUAACGAGUUGAUAAUUUGGUAAACUUUUUAUUUUUUUUUAUUCUAUUGUCGUGAUGAAUUGACACCUGAAGCUGGUUCAAAAUCUCACCACACAAGAAGGUUUCUGUAAACAUGAGCUCUCAUCAUCAUUUAAAAACAUCAACCGGAGAAGUUGAGCAUAUUAAUCAUCUUUCUGAGGAUAUUGGAGCUCUUUAUAUGUCUGACGACUAUUCCGACGUGACUUUAUUAGUUGCCGGACAACGAUUUACAGCUCACAAAGUUAUUUUGGCAGCUAGAAGUCAAUAUUUUCGAGCAUUAUUGUUCGGUGGUUUACGUGAAUCGACACAGCAAGAAAUUGAACUCAAAGGCACAACUUUGCAGGCAUUUAAAGGUCUUUUGAAAUAUAUUUACACCGGUCAUAUGUCAUUGGCCAACCAACGAGAAGAGGUGAUUCUCGAUAUUUUGGGUUUGGCACAUCAAUAUGGAUUUUUAGAAUUAGAAGUUGCAAUUUCCGAUUACCUCAAAGAAAUUCUCAAUAUUAGAAAUGUUUGUUUGAUAUUUGAUGCAGCGCGUCUUUAUCAAUUGGAAUUCUUGACAAAGGUAUGUCACGAAUACUUGGAUAAACACGCCCUCGAAGUAAUUCAGCACGAAAGCUUUUUGCAAUUAAGUUUACAAGCACUUAUAGAACUCAUUUCCCGUGACUCUUUUUAUGCUCCGGAAGUCGAUGUGUUCUUGGCUGUUUACGCUUGGGUUAAAGCAAAUCCUGGCAUAGAAGUGAAGGAAAUACUGAAUCAAGUUAGACUUUCGUUAAUAGCAAUUACGGACUUGUUAAAUGUAGUAAGACCUACAGGUUUGGUUUCACCGGAAAUGAUAUUAGAUGCAAUUGCGGAAAGUACACAAACAAAAGAUACAGAAUUAAAUUAUCGAGGAUUAUUAAUGAUCGAUGAAAAUGUAGCACAAGCGAAACAUGGAGCACAAGUCUUGCAAGGAGAAAUGAGAUCCUUUCUUCUUGAUGGUGAUACACGAAAUUAUGACAUGGAAAGGGGAUAUACAAGGCAUUCCAUAACAGAUUUACAAGAUCAUGGAAUACUUAUUAAAUUGGGCACUCAAUGUAUAAUCAAUCACAUAAAAAUGUUGUUAUGGGACAGAGAUGUGCGGUCUUAUUCAUAUUACAUAGAGAUUUCAAUGGAUCAAAAAAGUUGGGUUAGAGUAAUCGAUCAUACACAAUAUUAUUGCAGAAGUUGGCAAUAUUUAUAUUUUGAGCCGCGAGUCGCACUUUAUAUUCGUAUCGUUGGAACUAACAACACGGUUAAUAAAGUUUUUCAUGUUGUUAGUUUUGAGGCGUUUUAUACAAAUCAUUUAGAAAAACUUUGUAAAGGUUUUAUCGUGCCAACAUUAAAUGUCGCUACGACAGAAAGAAGCGCUUGUGUUACCGAAGGUGUUAGCAGAGCCCGCAAUGCUUUGCUGGAUGGUGACAUGUUAAAUUACGAUUGGGACAGUGGUUACACGUGUCAUCAAUUAAAUUCUGGUUUAAUUCAAAUUCAACUUGGUCAACCUUAUAUGCUUGAUUCCAUGAGAUUACUUUUAUGGGAUUGUGACGAUCGAUCCUAUUCAUAUUAUGUCGAAGUUUCUGGUGAUGCAAAAAAUUGGGAAGUUAUUUGGGAUAAAACACGAGAAGCUUGUCAAUCAUGGCAGACGAUAAGAUUCCGUCCAGCGCGACCUGUUGUCUUUAUAAAUAUUGUGGGAACACGAAACACAGCGAAUGAGGUAUUUCAUUGUGUUCAUUUUGAAUGUCCUGCACAAACAGAAGAUGAAAAAAAUGUCAAAUCACCAGGACGACGAGGUAAACAAUUACCAUCGGGAGUUGAAGUGAAUUCUUCAAUGCCCACGGAAACUGCAACAGAGGCUGUAAAUAUUGACCACGAGGAAAAAGAUUUAAUGGAUGAGGCGGCACUUGCUGUCAUUGUACCUUAAUUUAAAUAAUCGACAAUUUCUAAAUUCUAAGCAGCAACGUUAAGACUGUUAAGUAAUAACGUUUGUAUACGAUAUUUGCCUUUUUUUUGCUCCAUACACACGUUAAAUAUCGUUAAUUUAUAAUUUUGCACAUCGAGGUUAAAAAGUCUCUCAAUUUAUGAAAAUACGAUUUAAAAAAAAAAAAAAAAUGCCUACAAGAAAAAGCAAAACGGGUAUCAAAGAUUAGUGCCAUUGUAUAAUCGUUUUUAUUUUUAACGAAAAAUUAUUUCGUUUGUUGAAAUGUUGUUACUUAAAUAUUUUUUAUUUUUUUGCCACUUAAUUUUUUUUUUUUGUAAAUCUUUUAUGUAAUAUACAUAGAUCUAUUUAAAACUGCUUAUUUAAAAAAAAAAAAUUGUUAAUAUAAACGUUAAAUUAUGCGUAAUUUGUAUAUUAUUACUACUAUUAUUAAUAAUAUUAUUUUUAUUUAUUUA